GAACUUGCUAGAUAGGCACUUGGAUGGCUUCAAACUGAUCAUCCUGACUUGCCUAACUGUAUCUGGCUUUUUAAUUUAUGGUUUGAAAGUGUUAUGUAGCCAUUCUCCUGCUUCAGCCUCAUGAGUCCUAGGGUGUACUACUGAUCUUGUGUCAUCUCUGUUUUCUAACAGGAGACGUUUAGGUUUGUAACUUGUCUGAUGUGUCUCCACAAAGAUGACAGUGCAGGCUUAUUCUGGUGUGUAGCUCAGUCAUUAAGCCAUGAUGAUGGAAUGAGUAAGGAAUAUUCUGCCCACCCUUUUGCCCCUUAAUACCAGUUUGUAGACACUUUCUUAUCCUUAUUAUACUAAAAAUGCAAGGAAUAGUGUUCCACCAACUUAGAAUUUCCUGACUCAAGAUUCCCACUACAAGUCACAAGUGGUGAAAUGCACUCAGCACCCAUUUAAGCUGCAAAGUAGAGUUGGUCUGUGUCGACAUAGGCUCAGUUUACCGUCCUUGAUUUGAAAGCAGCACUUAUAAUCAAGUAGAUAAAUUAUGAGGGUGGAAGGGGUGUCAUGCAAAAGGCUUGGCUGAAAACAAGACUUGAAUAGUCAGGUGACUUGACUGAGUAGUCUGAGGCAAGCAGUGCUUGCUAUCGGGUGGAGCAUUUUUCUAGGAGACCUGUCCAUCCUUUCACCAGUUUAGAACCAUGGCAGGAAAGAGGUGGGCCAGGGACCAGAGCAAGGAAACAAAUGGAGGCCCCUCUGUUUAGUGGGGCAGUGCGGGCUGCGGCACAGGCCAUCCCUAGGGGCGUGUAUGCGCGUGCGUAUGCGUCGCCCUGGUAACCCGGGAGGCAGAAAGGCGCUGAAUCACCAGCACCCGCUGGCAGCAUCUGUGCAGCCUCAGGGGUGGGCAGGUGUCGCCUGCAGGUGUGCCUCGCAGGUGGCCCGACCGGACCUCAGCUACUGGGCAGUCUGGAGCAGCACGGAGCCUGGAGAUCGCUGGGAAUGGAGGAAUGGCACAGAUUUAUCGGGAUGAUAAAGCUGGAAUCACUAGUCAUCAUUCUCAACACCUUUUGUUCUCCUAAUUGUAUGAAGGGAGAAAGCAAGCGCGAUCAUAUUCAUGCUCAUCUUUGCUGCUGGCUUUAUCGAACAUUUGCAGUUCUAGAAGGCUACAUCUGACUGGCUCAUCAACCAUCAAAGAGAGUCUUUCUAAAUCCACUGCCUUGGAAGCCUCAUCCUGUGUGAGGCAGAAUGGUGUCCCCACCAGGAGUACUGUCUUCCUUGCUGCUGCUGGCAGCCAUGGCAGGUGGCAGCUCUCAGCAGUGCUCUGAGGGCAGGACUUACUCCGACGCCAUCAUUUCACCUAACCUGGAAAGCAUUAGAAUCAUGCGGGUGUCUCACACCUUCUCUGUGGGAGACUGUACAGCAGCUUGCUGUGACUUGCCCAGCUGUGACCUGGCCUGGUGGUUUGAGGGCAGCUGCUAUCUGGUGAACUGCAUGCGCCCGGAGAACUGCGAGCCCAGGACCACAGGCCCCAUCCGAUCUUACCUCACUUUCGUGCGCAGACCUGUCCAGAGGUCUGGGCAGCUGCUGGACUAUGGAGACAUGAUGCUAGGCAGGGGCUCCCCUUCAGGAGCUUGGGGAGACUCCCUUGAGGACCUCAGGAAGGACUUGCCCUUUCUAGGCAAAGAUGGGGGGCCAGAGGAGACUGCUGAGUACUCGGAUGAUUACAAGGAACUGGAGCGGGGCCUCCUGCAACCCUCCAACCAACAAGACCCCAGAGGCAGCGCAGAGUACCCCGACUGGAGCCUGCUGCCCAGCAGUGAUGGAGAUUUCAAUGCUUCAGCUACGGGAGACAACUCAGCUGCUUCCACAGAGAAGCUGCAGGACCUCACGCCCUACCCACUGGACCAGGAGCAGCUGCAGUCCCUGAAUGAGUCAACUUGGUCCCCUACACCCAGACACUCUGAAAUGAGCAGUAUGUGGCCUUCCUCUGUGACUGCAUCACCUACAGAAGAGGGACUGGAGGGAGAAGAGACUUUACAGCUCCAAGAGCAACCAAACAAUAGUUCUGGAAAAAAGGUUCCAAUGCCUUCCCAUAAUCCUUCCCCUGCCAGCCUGGAGUCUAGCCCAACCACGGUGGAAAAGAGCUCCAUUUUUACAGUCACUCCAUGGAGCAGAGAUCCUGGCACCCCAACAUUUCCUGCCAGUACAGUCCUCCCUGGGCUGAUCUCACCUUCGUGGCCCUUGUCACCUACCACUUCCAGGACAGUAAAGGCUCUUGCUGUGUCUGCUGGAGAUAACUUAGUACUAACCUUACCCAAUGGAGAAGCAGAACUGAAGGCCUCUGUUGAGCCAGCGCCCCCUGCAGACACAGCUUACACCUAUGAAUGGAGUUUAAUGAGCCAUCCUGUAGACUUCCAAGGUAAAAUCAAACAAGAAAACAAGCCGACUCUUCACCUUUCUCAGUUGUCUGUGGGUCUCUAUGCCUUCAGAGUGGCUGUUUCUGGUGAGAAUGCAUUUGGAGAAGGAUAUGUCAAUGUCACAGUUAUGCCAGCUGCAAGAAUCAAUCAGCCACCUGUAGCUAUUGUUUCUCCCCAGAUACAAGAGCUCAGUUUGCCUUUGACCUCAGCCCUGAUUGACGGCAGCCAAAGUACAGAUGAUGCUGAAAUUGUGAGUUACCACUGGGAAGAAGUCGACGGGCCCUUCCUAGGAGAGGCCUUUCUGGACGAUUCCCCACUCUUACGAUUGUCGAAUCUAGAUCCUGGUAACUACACUUUUAGGUUGACCAUCACAGACUCAGAUGGCGCUACUAACUCCACCACUGCAGCCCUCAUCAUCCGUGGUUCUUUGGACUACCCACCUGUUGCCAAUGCAGGACCAAAUCAGACCAUCACUUUGCCCCAAAACACCAUCAUACUGAACGGGAACCAGAGCAGUGAUGAUCACCAGAUUGUCCUCUAUGAGUGGUUCCCAGACCCUGGUGGUGAGAGCAAGGAGAUGGUCAUGCAGGGAGCACAGACCCCAUACCUCCACUUGUCUGAGCUGCAGGAAGGAGAGUACACGUUCCAACUGAUGGUGACGGAUUCCUCAGGACAGCAAUCCACUGCUUUGGUCACUCUGACUGUCCAGGCUGAAAACAACCAGGCUCCGGUGGCUGUGGCAGGCCCUGAUAAGGAGCUGGUUUUCCCAGUGCAGAGUGCUAUGCUGGAUGGGAGCAGGAGCAGUGAUGAUCACGGCAUUGUCUGCUACCGCUGGGAGCACAUCAGAGGCCCCAGUGCAGUGGAGAUGGAGAAUGUGGACAAAGCCAUAGCCACUGUCACCGGGCUUCAGGUGGGUACCUACCACUUCCGGCUAACUGUGAGAGACCAGCAGGGUCUGAGCAGCACAUCCACCCUCACUGUGGCUGUGAAGAAGGAAAAUAAUAGUCCUCCCAGAGCCCAGGCUGGUGGCAGACAUGUUCUUAUGCUUCCCAAUAAUUCCAUUACUUUGGACGGUUCAAGGUCUACUGAUGACCGAGGAAUUGUGUCCUAUCUAUGGAUCCGGGAUGGCCAGAGUCCAGCUGCUGGAGAUAUCAUUGGAAGCUCUGACAACGGGGCGGCUCUGCAGCUCACCAAUCUGGUGGAAGGAGUCUACACUUUUCACUUGCUGGUCACUGACAGUCAGGGGGCCUCCGACUCAGACACUGCCAUUGUGGAGGUGCUGCCAGACCCCAAGAAGGAUGGCAUGGUGGAGUUGAUCCUGCAGGUUGGUGUUGAGCAGCUGACAGAGCAGCAGAAGGAAACUCUAGUGAGGCAACUGGCUGUGCUUCUGAAUGUGCUAGACUCAGACGUGAAAGUGUUGAAGAUCCAGGCUCACACGGAUGUCAGCACUGUGAUUGUAUUUUAUGUACAGAGUGGGUCACCUUUCAAGGUUCUCAGAGCUGCUGACGUGGCCAGGAAUCUGCACAAGCGGCUUUCCAAGGAGAAGGGGGCUUUCCUGCUUUUCAAGGUCUUGAGGAUAGACACAGCAGGAUGCCUUCUCAAGUGUUCAGGCCAUGGUCACUGUGACCCCAUCACAAAGCGUUGCAUUUGCUCCCAGCUGUGGAUGGAGAACCUCCUACAGCGGUACAUGUGGGAUGGCGAGAGCAACUGUGAGUGGAGUGUAUUCUACGUGGCAGCUCUGGCGUUGACCCUAACAGUGCUAACUGGAGCUGUGACUUGGGUGUGCAUCUGCUGUUGCAGGAGACGAAAAAGGACUAAGAUAAGGAAGAAAACAAAGUACACCAUCCUAGACAACAUGGAUGAACAGGAAAGAAUGGAACUGAGGCCCAAAUACGGUAUCAAGCACAGGAGCACCGAGCACAACUCCAGUCUGAUGGUGUCGGAGUCUGAGUUUGAAAGCGACCAGGACACACUAUUCAGCCAAGAAAGGAUGGAGAGAGGAGUUCUGAAGGGUUCCCUGAAUGGCUCUGCUAGAAGUGGAGUUUCCUUUGGUUAUUACUCAAAGGACAGAUAACAGGAUGUUGUGGAAGGACCUCACGAGCUUGUGACUCAGUACCGGAUGCUGGGAGUUAUCACAAAGCUGACUCCUGCUUGGCACAGUGCAUUGGCACCUCUCUCCAGGGGCCUUGCUCUGUGCUCCACAGAGUGAUUCAAAGACCCAGGUUUUUGGAACUUUCAAGACACAAAACAAAAUCCUGCUUAUUCAACUGAUGCUCAUCAAUAGAGAAAAGGGGUGCAUAAAACCUCUGCGGAGUCGACUGAAAAGUUUUGUGUCUCCGUAGCGAACACUUUAUUAUAGUUAUUGUCCAUGAUGAAAUUAGGCUAACACCCGUUUCUAUUUCUAGCCCACAGGAAAGACAAGUUAAGAAGGGUUGAUUCUCUAUAGAAGCUGUGACUGCCUUUAAGAACCUUCCAGAAGCAGCUUCUCAGAGGCCCUGCAGGAUCAAUGUGUAGUUCAUCUGCGAGGGAGGAACCAUCUGUGUGUAGCUUCCUGUCUGUGAUGCAGCUAGGUGUGGCUAGCUAGAAGGUCAGGAACUAAGGAAGCAGCAGAAUCUAAGGACAGCAGGCAAUAGAGAUGGGGAGGGGCGAAUGACCUGCAGGUUAAGUGUUGAAGGUAGCCUUUAACAUUUUUCUCAUUCACUUUCUCUAAGAAAAAGAAACCACGACUGCUUAUUAUUGUAACUUUUAUUGAGAACACUGUGUAGCACUUCCAUGGAAAGCAGGGAGGACUGGGUGAUCACAGACAUAUUCCCAAACUUUAAAAUAUACUCCUAAUGAGGGGACUGUGGUCACCAUGUUCUGAGCCCCUACAAAGACUUCCUAGUGAAAUAACUGGACAGAACAUUCACCAUUUAUGCUUAAAAACUUAUUUAAGGGACUGGAGAAAUGGCUAUAUAUAAGACCUCAUGGCUCUUGCAGAAGACCUUGGUUCAGUCACCCUUACAAUUGUCCAGAACUCCACUUUCUGGUCUCUGGCAGCAGCAGCAGCAUGAGGAAUGUGCAGAGUUCAUGCAUGUAGUUCAUACAUGAGCAUUAAAAAAAUCUUAAAAACAUGUUUAAAAAUCAAAGAACUAAAUUUUAUAUUAGUUCUUUACACAAAAAAGAUUUAUACAAUGUCCCCCGAAAAAGCUCCCGCUCUCCCCCCUCAGCCAUGAACUGGAGAUGAUUACAGCCUGAGAUGUUGAUCAGGUUAUAGUAGUUGCCCAUGGCCCCGAGACUGCUGGCCUUGGCAAUGCCCUUGGCGUUUAGAGAGUGGAAGAGCAGUACGUACGGUAGUCUGAGCUUAGAGAAAGAGAGUAGAGUGUAGCAGGAAUUCAGUGCUAGCCUUGGCCAUACAACAGGUUUGAGGGCAACCUGGACUAUAUGAGAUCCUAUGUUAAAAAAUGAAAAAAGGAAAAGGUAAAAGAAUUAGAAUCACAAUUUAAAUUUUAGUAAUAGAAUUUUCUAUUUCUGAGCUGAAAACUCAAAAAACCAAAAAUUCAGAGGCCCCAGUGUAUUAUACUUUACUGGCGAAUUGAUCAAAUAAAAACGUGUAGGAAUAUACUUUUAUUUUAAAAGUAAUAUCUUUAUGUCUAUAUAUCAUAGUUCAAUAUUAUCUAUAAUGUUAGAGGAACAGUGAUUUUUUUUUUAUUUUAGCACUAGUAUUUAGCUUCAUAAGCAGAAUCUUCCCUAUCCAAUGACCAGACUGAGGCUAGUUUAGUGGGUAACCGGACGUUUCUGGCACAGAGAAUCCAAUAAAGCAUCAAGCUGAAGCCUGUGAACCCUGCUGCUUUAUGUGCACGAGUGUGCAUCACUCAUAGUUGACCUUCCCAAGUAAUCCUGAAAGAAAACAUUCCUCUGUGUUAGGCACCCACCGCAGGUCCAGGGAGCAUAAGUGAUUUCCACAGGGAUGGAGUCAGUAGAUCUGGGAAUCGAGUGCUAAGGCCUACUUUACAGUGCAUGAAGAAGUCCAGACAUGUUGGAGGGCAAGUCUUGGAGAACCUUCUAGACCCCUGAAAGUUCUGUUGCUGGGAUGAAGAGGAAAGCUUUGAGUGUGCCUGAGAGCAAAAGACAAGUAGGGGACCAUGGACCUGGUGUCUCCCACAGGAUCCAGCACACUCUAAGCCACCCAUCCUCUAGGUUUGUAGUGGGCUUGCUGGUUCUGUCCCUGGCUGUCUCAGCCUGGUCUCUCUGAUCUAUUCAUCACAAAAGAACCUUGAGUCUAUAGUGAAUCAGAAAUAAACAUCACAGUGGUUACUGGAAAAUGGAUCCUGUCUUGUGACCCACUUGUUCUCGGGGACUGAAAAGGGGGUAAGCCCUCAGCAUCCAUCUGGUGCUAUCUUGAGACCUGAAGACUCUAAGCUGUUGACAAAGAGAGAAAAACAUGUCUCUAGAGCAGCGAUUCUGCGACCCUUUAAUACAGCUCCUCAUGUUGUGAUCCACACUGCAAAUUAUUGCUUCCUCAUAACUGUAAUUUUGCUACUGUUUUGAAUCGUAUUGCAAAUACCUGCUCUCUGACUCCUCUGGAGGUUGCAGCCCAUGGGCUGAGAAACUGCCGUGGAGGGUGGGAGAACAUUUAUAGGGUUCAGAGGCUGAGAGCACAGCUACUUUCUGAUUUAGACAAAGAUCAAAUGCCAGCAUUCCCCAACCGAGUAUGUUUAAAACACCUUAAAGACACACAUUGAGGAAAGCCGUCACUUGUGAUUCUAGCACUUGAAAGGUGGCAGGAGGAAGAUCAGGGGUUUAAGAGCACCGUGCACAGCUACAUACUGUAUUCAAGGCCAGCCCAGGAUACAGUCUCAAGCAAGCAAACAACCAUCUAGUGAAAUAAGAAAAUGGUGACAUAAAUCAGCAGGGAAAGACCCCUGCUGCCAAACUUGGGUUUGAUUCCUAGGACCCACAUGGUAGAGGGAAAGAACCAAUGCCCAAAAGUUGCCUUCUGGCCUUCACACAAAAUAUUUGGCAGUGUAUGCUUACACAUGCAAGUGUGUACACACACAUACAAUCAUAAUUUAAAAAUAUGUAUUCCUCCAUACUUCCUUCACAUGGCGAGGAGGACCUUUGUUGUUGUUUUUUUUUUUUUUCCUUAAUGUGACCAAGAUAUCUUGGAUUUUGAGUCUUGAUUUUAUUCUUUUAAGUGUAUUAUUUUCCACAUGUUUUGAAUAACAAGGUAUUGAUUCUUGUAUAAGAUUAUUAAAUACAUAUGCUGACCUAAGGAAAAGUCUCAUUUUCUCUAGAAUGUCUUUGAAGGAGAAAUAAACUUUCCUUAGGCUAACGUAGCUAAAUCUGGGACUACAGUUAAGGAGCACUGGCCUGAAUUGACACACGUCACCUGCACAACUGCCAUGACAAACUUUUCAGGCAGAGGACAGAACACUCUCCAACACUGAGAGAUAAGCCUGCUGAGAACAGUCAAUUCUGCCAGGCACCUGGGAGGACCAGUUAGUUCUCUGGGCAAGCACUCACCACGGAGUUAGAUCUCCAUCCAUGGGUUUUAGGAUUUAUAUGGUUGAAAAAAAAAAUGGAAACAUUUCGAUCACAUAGCCAGUAUGAAUUUCAAAUUUGUGUGUGUAAAUAGUUUUUGGAGCAAGAUCACCCGUGUGUUUAUGUGUGAAUGCCCCCAUGACUGCUCUAAUCUUAUGAAAAGGAUUUAGAAAAACUGUAAUAGGGUUGUCUGCAAAGACAAAAACAUUUAGCCAGGUAUGGUGGCACACUCCUUUGAUCGUAGUACUGAGCAGGCACAGGCAGACAGAUUUCCGUGAGCUCAAGGCUAACCUGGUCUACACAGUAAGUUCUAGGACAGCCAGGCUCCAUAGAAAGAGUCUGUCUCAAACGAAACCAAAUCAAACCAAACCAAAAACAAAACCACACUACCCCAAAAUGGACAGAGACUAAAACUAAUAUUAUCUGUCUCUAUACUGGGAAAGCAAACACAAUUUCUGAAGCUCAGAGGACCAGAGGAGCAAAUGGUUCUCUCUGAAACCAGCUUGAAUAAACCAGUCUGAGCUCAGUGGCUUUCUCAUAAAGGACAUUCUGUUCCCUGAUGGAAACUUUUUGUUUUUCUUUCUUUUCUUCCUUCCUUCCUUCUUUCCCUCCCUUCCUCCUCUUCCUCUUCCUCUUCCUCUUCCUCCUCCUCCUCCUCUUCCUCUCCCUCUCCCUCUCCCUCCUCCUCCUCUUCUCCUUCUUCUUCUCCUUCUUCUCCCUCCUUCUUCUUCUUCUUCUUCUUCUUCUUCUUCUUCUUCUUCUUCUUCUUCUUCUUCUUCUUCUUCUUCUUCUUCUUCUUCUUCUUCUUUUCUUUUCUUCUUCUUCCCCCCACGCUCUCUCUCUCUAUCAGACAGCAUAGUCCUGGCUGGCCUGGAGUUUAUAGAGCUCUUCCAAGUGUGCUAGGAUGAAAGGCCUAUGCCACCAGGAACAGCCCUGACAGUAUUUAUAAAAAAUAAAGCCAAUUCACAACUGGGAAUACAGCCCAGAGUGCUUACCUAUGUGUGUGAGAACCUAAAUUCAGUUCACAGCACUGUGGGAAAAGUCAUUUUAAGAAGAGUACAUUGAGGUAUAAUUCACUUAGAGUAAACUGCACACACUAAGUAUAAUUUGAUAGAUUUUGAUGGCCAUGCCCUGGAGCUAUCUCUGUAACCAAGCUAAGGAGAUUUUCACCCUAAAAGAUUCUGUGCAACCCUUCAUAGACAAACCUUCCCUUAAACCUCAUUGCCAGAUGUCCUUGAAAUUUCUAGUUUUGUAGAAUUAAUGCUGGAUAUAUUCAUUUUUGGACCUCUUCUGCCAAGAAGUUGUCUCCAUUGGUCUAUUAGCAAUUUUGUUGGGGUAAGUUGUGGAGGUCCCGUUUUGAGACUUGGGUGCUACUCAUUAGGUCUAUGAAUUAAAAGUUUCCUUGAUCAUCACCUUCUUGCAAGAGUUCUAUAUUUUACUGAGUUUUCGAAAAAUAAAUGAACCAAAUACAUAAUGUCUCAAUGACGAUGACCUUCGGCCACUGUUUGGAUCUAAAAUAUCCCUGAAAGGCCAAUGUGUGGGAAGACGAUCCCCAAACCCUGCCAGGGCUGGAAUGUACUGGAAACUUUAAGAAGUGGAGUCGGGUGGAAGGAAGUGACCUCACUGGGUGCGUGCCUUCCUCGCUCUGCUUCUCCACCCGCCGUGGGAGCCGUUUUCCUCAGCCUAGCACUGUUGAUGCUCAUUCUGGCCCCGGUCCCAAAGUAAGCUGCUCAAAGCGGCGGACUAGACUGGUCAGCUUCCUCCCUUGCCCCAGAACACACUUCGUUUUUUCUUAGAGGAAGAGGCUUCCAGCUCUCCUGCGUUCUGCUUUCCCAUGGCUGAAGUGACUCCCCGGAGAGCAGAGGUCUGUGGACCACCCAACAUGUGAAGGAAAUUGCCCCUGGUAUGGACAUGCCAAUGUCUGGCUGUGUCUCCGCUUCCUUGGGAUUUGGCUCGGCUUCUGUCCACGGGACUAAUGUAACCCUCAUCAACUGAAUCUUUCUGAACUCAUCAGCAAGCCAGGGGUUGGAGGAGGCCCUCUGAGCAGCCCUGGCAGAUCACUCAGGGUCCUCUUUGUUGUGGCGCCCUGGGAAGAAAGCCCCACUAGGAGCUUAGUAGUCACAUAGCAGAGUAAGGGGGCUGUCUGUGCCUCUGCCAGUUGCCACUCAGGGGCGGCUCCCUGUGCACUCUGCGGGGUAAGACAUCGCCUGAGCUAAGGCUGCAGGCUUCUAUUGAGGUAGUGCACGAAGCCCACAGCCAACCCUUUCUGUCUUGAUUUGUAAAGCAGUACCACCCUCCUGCCUUCAUCAUGUCCAGCUGGGACCUGAGGGGAACUCUGAGCCUUGAGGCCUGGGAGUUCGCCCUCAUCUUGGUCUCUGCUCAACCCUGGUCAAGGCUCUGCCUGGAGUUCCCACUGCUGCUGUUGCUCCUUAAAUGGACUCACUGGGCGUUGGGGAUGGGGACGGAAAGCUCACGUCAACAUUCCAAGUCCCAACUUGAGGACAGUUUCCUGGGCACAGGGGACCCUGGGGGAAAAUUUGUACGUUGAACUCCUAACCCCCAAAUUCUAGAAUGUAGGAAGAGAUGAGCCCUUUAAGAGUGGCUCAAAAUGAAGUCAUCAGGGUGGGUCCUAAUCCAAUUUUAGUGGUGUCAUAAGGUGACUAGGCCCCACAGAAGGUUCCUGGAGCACAUAGUGGGGAACUCAUAGAGGAACGGGCCACCUGUAGGCCCAGGAGGCGGGGUCAUAUAGGACCUUUCUAGAGCUGCCUAAGGCUUUGCCUUCACAGAUGCAACCACCCACGAGUUCAAUGGAUUAAUGCAGCGCCUUAGGGGUGAGUCUAUUGUAGAGGCCAGUUUGGCUAGAUCUUUUGCAUAUUAUGCACUACACCGCUUAGAAAUUCUGCUAGCAAGGCCAUUGCCAAGUCUUGACCUUUUACCGGAGCCAUGGGCCAAAAUAAUACAACUUAACUCAUGUCGUGGAGUUGUGUUAUAAGUUUACAGAAAAUACACUCAGACAAGUGUUAAAAUUCGUAUUCCAGGAUCGUGUCUGGAUACCAGGGGCUCAAAAAAUGCCUUUCUCAUUAUUCUCUGUAAAAUAAAAGACUGGGAAAAGUGA